GUAGCUCUCAAAUCCGGAAGUCAGGAUGGCUGGCGGAGGAAGGCUGUGGAUUCUCGCUCUUGUUUUCACCGUUUCCCUUCAAAUUAACCCCAGUCUCGGGGGUCUGGUGAAGGGAUCAGUUCCACUGGAUGUUACCACAUUCGACAAGAUCGUGCCCAAGUUCCCUGUGGUCCUGGUGAAGUUUGAUGAGCAGUACCCAUAUGGAGACAAGCAGGACGAGUUCAAGAAACUGGCAGAACAGUUGUCAACUCAGAAGGACCUCCUGGUGGCUGAAGUCGGAAUCUCAAAGUUUGGAGAGAAGGAAAAUGAAAAACUUGGGCAAAGAUUUGGUGUGGACGUAGAAGACGCACCAAAGUACAAACUGAUCAUGCAGGGUAAGGAUGAACCAAUCCCGUACGAAGGGGAAAUCAAGUAUGAUGACCUUCUCCGCUUUGUCAAGGACAACAGCGGCCUGUGGAUCGGACUGCCAGCUACUCUGGAGGCGUUUGACAAGCUGACAAUGGAUUUCAUGGUGGCAUCAGACGACAAACUAGCAGAAAUCAUCACCAAGGCUGAAGAAGAGGCAAAACCCCUCGAAGAUGCACAGGAGAAAAAAUCAGCUGAAAUGUACAUCAAAAUCAUGAAAAAGGUUCAGGAAAAGGGCAAAGAUUUCGUCAACACAGAAAUCACCAGGGUGAAAAAGCUGCAGGAGGGAAAAGUUAGCAAAACUCAGAAAGAAAACAUCAAAAAUCGCCUGAAUGUUCUGAGCUCAUUCAAAGCUGCCAUCAAGGAUGAACUGUAGGAAAGGUUGAGGGAAAUCUUUUUUCUAUAAGGGCCAGAUCAAUCAAGUGCUUUGGUUAAUUUUUCUGUCAGAUUUUCCAAGACAAUUUUCAUAAGGAAAAGUUUUUCAACCAUCCUAGUCCAAGAUGUGAUAAACUUGUGACUUUGGAUUACAUUUCAGAAAUAACAUUCCGGUAUAUGGCAAAACAGUUAUGAAAUCAUUACUUUUUUCCGACAUGAUUUGGAAAAGUAGCAAAACAAAAUGUAGACUUUGUCAGGCCUUACCAUCUACAGGCCCAAGCAUAUCCGUACAAGGAGAACUAUUAUAAGCAGACAUCAUAAAAUGAAUGAUGCAAUAAUGAUGCAAUUUUCCCUGUUCAUCUUCACCUAUUAAAUGUAAGAAUUCUUCAAGGUGAUACUGCCUACAUUUCACAUUCCUGUGGUAGAAAAGUUCCAUUAAAAAAAAAUUCCUAGGGGCUAGAAAGUUGAGAAUGGAUACCAGUAGAAUGAUCAGAGUAGCAGGUGUAUAUGGUGAAAUUAUGUUUGAUUGAUUCAUUUAUGAUACAGGAACACCCACCUAAGCCAGUGAGAUUACAAUCUUUGUCAGAAUUCUAUUCAUAAUGUUAUUCACAAGUAUCAUAGAGUACACUUGUUAUAUGUCUUUAUUAUUGGUGCAAUUUUGAUUUUGAGUACUUUGCUGUUAACCAUGACAGCUCCAAUAGGAGAAAGUCAGAUUUUAAAAAUCA